AUGUUUAUAUUUCAAUCUAUAUUCUUUAUGUCAAUUUUAUUAAUAACAAAUGCUCAAUGGUAUAUUAAAAAAAACUAUCAAUCAAAAUUUAUGAAUUAUCCAAAUCCAGGUAAAAGAAGUUUACCUGAUGAACAAUCAAUUUUGUUUAAAACUGAUUGUCAAAUACCAUAUUCUCAAUUACAUUCGUAUCAACAAACAGCUGCAUGGAUUUUAAUGUGUGGUUCGAAAAAAUCAUCAUUGAAACAUAAUGAAAAUUCAAAUAACUUUGAAUUUGAUUUAUCUUCUACACCAAAACUGAUUGUAUACAAAAAAAAAUCUUCAAAUUUUGUACAACCAUAUUAUAAAGACUAUGACAAUUCAUUGAAUAAGUAUUUAAUGAAACUUGUACAACGUGCUAUCAGAAACCAAUAG